AUGCUGGCUUUAUUGCGCUCCCAGAUGGGCACGUUGACGCUCCGCCCAGCCGCUAAUAGUGCAUUUCUUGGGCAUAUAACGCGUGCAAAGUUGUCGACGACUCCCGUGGAGGGUGAAAUUGCUGCUGCUGUGAUUGACGACACGGCCGCAUUUCUGAAUGCCACGUCUCCAGCCGAGCCGCGCACUGUCAAGACUGUAAAGCGUGCAAUCCGUGGAAGCCCACGGAAGCUCACGUACUUGGCACAGCAGAUACGUGGCUUAUCUGCAAAAGAGGCUAUUUUGCAGAUGAAAUUUUCACCCAAGCGUAAAGCUGAGAUCUUUCAGAAGACGGUGCAGAAUGCUAUCAAUCUGGCCGAUAUCAAGUACCAGAUUGAGCCGGAAAACUUAAUGGUAGCUGAGUGCUUUGUAAACAAGGGAUCAUACCUCAAGCGUCUGCGAAUCAUGGGUCGAGGACGUUCGGGUGUGAUGCAUCAUCCGUAUACUCACUUGACGGUUGUCCUGCGUGAGUUUAAUCCAUCGAAGAAGCCACUGAAACGCCACUCGACUAAGAAGCUUGCAAUUGAGCAUGUCAAGAAACAGUUGAAGUAA